AUGGGUGCUGUCAACGGAAACAAAUGGACUUCGAUCGGGACCGACAUCCAUGAAGACGACGCGUUUCGCGCCGACCAUUAUUGGGGAUGGGAGCAUCCAGCCGAACCCCCACCGGUACAGGCUGGUGGCCCUGCCCAACCAAGGGUCAAAUUGCCGAUCUUCACGCCGGCCGAAGCUAAAGCUCGGUUUGUUGAACGAGAGACGGAUGGCGUGACGGCGGCGAGGACAGCCUUGGGAGAAGCCGGUGUUCUACAGGUUCCAAUGCCACCACAAUUCGACUUUUCGGGCGCGAUACUGGACAAUCGGGGAACUCAAGGAACACUCCAUACAAUUUUACGUCACAGCCCAGAGUGGAGAUCCGUGAUCCCUGGAUUUGAUGCCGUUUAUAGCGACCUUACCAAAGAAACUAGAAAGAUAAUCGAGACAAUUUCCGGGAUGCGCCAUAACAAAGGAAAUCGAGUAAAGGACGCCAUUAAAGACUUUCUGGGGAGUGUUAUCGAAAUAGCUGAUUGUAAAGCUUUUCAAAACAUGCAGCAGCUGAUCUACAACUACCUUCUGGCCCACAUCAACGCUGAUAGCUAUUCGGGCGAGGGAAGAAACUCCUGCGGGCUUGAGCAGAUUUUCUUCGAAAUCAACCGCGACUCGGAGGGACAGGAAAUAACCCGAUACAUGACGGCACUAAUGUCCGAAUCGAUCCCGCUUCGCGCCUUCUGGUGGCUAAUGCUGGUGAUGUGCAUCAUCUGUGGGGUUACUACCACAACCCUGGUCGUUUUGGAAUAUAUUGAAGGGCCUACGCAGACUUCAACGACGAUACGUUUGGUGGACAGUCUCGAACUGCCAGGGAUUACAAUAUGCCCAAAAGUCCCCGACAUCUUCGAUGAAAAGCCACUAUUUCGAGAUAUUUCCGCUUCACUACCAAAUUUGACGUACGAUGUUCAACUGGAUGUUGUUAGAUACUUUAUCGCUGGCAAUGGUCUCGAAAAUAUUGAUGCAAUCUCGAGAUAUAAUGCUUCUUACCUUCAACAACUCGAUCUGUACUAUCGACUGUGGUCUCGCGGGUAUUCGACGCAGGAGUUUUUCUACUUAAUUCAUAUCGUAAUCCGACGAGGAGUAUGUUUUCAAACUCGUGCAGCGUUAAAUCAGACCGAAGCUGACGACGUCGGGCGAUUAGUGCUGAGCAUGAGAGCCUUAAGGACAAUGACCUCUCCAGAAUAUAAUUAUACACAACCUCAACUACUCGUUUACGUCACAGACAAUCAUGAUAUUGUGGUGGAUUAUCCGAGAUAUUACUUAUACCCUCAGCAAUUCAGUCGGAUGAGGUUGACGGCAAGGUUCAUGGAACUCAUCCAGAGCAACGACGUGUGCACAAACAAGGUGGAUCUGGUU